AUGUUGUCUUACUCAUCCUACAUGCUCACAGCAGUAGCUGCUUUGCUAGUGACUUGUGAUGCAUUGUGUAAAUGUCCAGGAGUUCCUGGGCUACGUGGUAUCCCAGGACUGCAUGGAAAAGAUGGAAGCCUGAUGAUACCUCCUGGAAGGGGUGGUCUUCCCUGGGCACAAGGUCUACCUGAUGCUUUGGACACUGAACUCAACCUUCUUUUACUUAACUUGAAACUUCGACUUUCCAGACUUAAAAGCGUGCUUGUCUUGAGUGGGAAAAUAAGAGAAGUAGGAGAGAAAAUACUUGCCAGCAAUGGGAAGGAAGUUGAUUUUGCGUCUGCACUAAAAUCCUGUGAAGAAGCUGGAGGAACUCUUGCAACUCCUACAAAUGAGGAGGAGAAUAAAGCUAUUUUGGGUAUUGUGAAACAAUAUAAUCGAUAUGCUUACUUGGGCAUUAAAGAGGGUGAGAAUUCAGGUCAAUUUAACUAUAUAAAUGGCACACCUCUGAAUUAUACCAAGUGGCACCAAAAUGAGCCUAAUGGCAAAGGGACAGAAAAAUGUGUAGAGAUGUACACUGAUGGGAGCUGGAGUAACAAAAAAUGCAACCUGUAUCGCCUCACAAUCUGUGAAUUCUAA